AUGUCGGUGCCCUGUGCUCUUGCACGAAGUACACGCCUCCUACUAGUGAAUCAAGGGCUACGUUGCAUUUCCAAGGGACGACCAGGAUAUGAGUCUGGCGGUAGACGAAACGUGUCAUCGUUUCAAGAGGCCUUCGCUAAAGCCUCGCUUGCUCGCUCUGAUGCUCGUCCAACAGGGGAAACCGAUGCUACUCCAUUCAGUUUUCCGCCCGAAUUUGAUGUAGUCGUUGUUGGUGGCGGUAUUGUUGGAAGUGCAACAGCUCGACAAAUCCUGAUGGAACAUCCAAAAUUAAGAGUAUGUAUGGUUGAAAAAGAGAGUAAAUUAGGUAAGUAAAA